GAAGUAUUUGAACCAAUCAGGUAAAAGUCAACUGAAUUUGGCCAGGCAGUCUCUUGACCUUCAACCAGGGCUGCAAAUACCACAGUCUGCAUGCACCCAUUCCCUUGAUCUUGUCCUCACAACUGGCAACAGAUGCUGGCAAGGUGGAGGUUGGGAACUCGUUGGUACUGCCCGCUCAUGGCCUCUCUCAAAACUCUUCUCUUUCUGUCGCUGGUGUAUUACUCAUGUAAUGCAGAGGAACUGGAAACAUUCCGAACAGGGCCAACAGGAGGGCUUAAAGCAGUCUACACACUUAAAGCUCAGUACAUCCCAAAAUCCGUUUUUCGAUUAUAUACAAAUGGUGAUGCCAUUGAGGACACCUGCAGCAUCCUACCUUUUCAACCUCAGACACUGAAUCUGUGUGGCUUCAACACAUCCACACCACUGGUGAUCAUCAUCCACGGCUGGUCGGUGGAUGGGAUGCUAGAGAGCUGGGUGAUGAAGCUGGCAGCUGCACUGAAGACAAAGAUGAAGGACAUCAAUGUAGUUAUUGCUGACUGGCUGUCACUGGCUCAUGAACAUUAUCCAAUUGCGGUGCAGAAUACACGACUCGUGGGCCAAGAGAUCGCAGAUAUGCUGGAGUGGCUGCAGGAAUCCUACCAGUUUUCAACAGACAAGGUCCACCUGAUCGGCUACAGUCUGGGGGCUCAUGUUUCAGGUUUUGCCGGGAGCCACAUUAGUAGCUCUAAGAAGAUUGGAAGAAUUACAGGUCUAGACCCUGCUGGUCCACUCUUUGAGGGAAUGUCCUACACAGAUCGUCUCUCUCCUGAUGAUGCCAACUUUGUAGAUGCUAUUCACACAUUCACUCAACAGCAUAUGGGCCUGAGUGUCGGAAUAAAGCAGCCAGUGGCCCAUUAUGACUUUUACCCGAACGGAGGCACUUUCCAGCCUGGCUGCCACAUACAGGAUGUAUUUGAACACCUCUCACAGUACGGGCUACUGGGCUUUCAACAAAGCGUCAAGUGUGCUCAUGAGAGGUCUGUACACCUGUUUAUCGACUCCCUGCUGAAUGAAGACAAGCAGAGUGUUGCAUACUGGUGCAAUGACAAUAACUCCUUUGAUAAAGGAAUCUGUCUUGAUUGCCGGAAGAACCGUUGCAACACAUUGGGCUAUAACAUCAAAAAGGUUCGGACUGGGGCAAGCAAGAGGCUAUAUCUGAAGACUCGCUCCAGAAUGCCAUAUAAAGUUUACCACUAUCAGUUCAAGAUUCAGUUCAUCAAUCAAAUUGAACAAACUGAGCCAACUCUGACCAUUUCACUAAUGGGCACAAAGGAGGACAUUGAAAACUUGCCGAUUGAAUUGGUGGAAGAAAUAUCGGGUAACAAGACCUACACAUUUCUGAUCACACUAGACACUGAUAUUGGGGAACUGAUGGUUCUUAAAUUUAAAUGGGAAGGAACAGCUGUAUGGGACAACAUCUGGUACAAAGUCCAGACCAUCAUGCCAUGGAUAACAGAGCAGAAAGGACCCAGGCUCACUGUGGGGAAAAUCCAAGUAAAGGCUGGAGAGACACAGCAAAAAAUGACCUUCUGUGCCCAGAGUGAAGAUGGCAUGCACAUCCCACCCUCUCAGGAGAAAACGUUUGUGAGGUGUGAAAAACGUCGUGCUGGGAAGAGAAAGAAGAAACUUCAGCAACCUUAACUCAGCCCAGCUACUCACAAGACCAUUUUCAGGGGUCCAGAUAUUGACGUGAAUACUAAAACAUGCGCCCUCAUGUGCAACACACCUCGGGAUUUGAUUGAAGCAAAGAGUUAAACGUUCUCCCUUUAAUUUAGCUGUAUAAAUACAGUAUGAUUAUUUUGCCAAUUGAAGUCAUUUAAUUAAGACUUAUAUGUUUGAUCAAAGAUCUUUUUUUAAUAUCCAGUCGGUUAUACGGAGAAAUGUCAGGGUCAAAUAUUCAUUGUCACAUAAGAGAGGUCCUUAGUGGGAAGGGACACUUGGCACUUGUUUGAAGCACACAUUUAGUCACACAACCAGAAUGUUUUUUUCCGGACAUACCAAGCAUGAACUUAUUUUGCUGGCUGUCUAAUUCUGAAUACAUUUUAACAUACUGAACAAAUAUACAAUUACCAAGUAUUUUAGAUGCUGUACUACAGAGCUCUGAGUUUCUGGAAAGCAGGAACACACCUGGCAAAAGAUAAAUGUGUAUAAAAAUAAAAAAACAUAGAAAAACAUUUUAAAGUUAAAAAAAAAACUGAAAAUAUGAAUGCAGAGAACAUGUCAGGACACCAGAAAAUAAAAGUUUUUUCCCCUUUUGUGAUUUAAUUCAGGGUCUUAAUUUAUUACAUUUAGUCAUUUGGCUGAUGCCUUUAUCCAAGACGACUUGCAACAUUUAUGAUACAAUUGGUAACAUUUCUUUUGGCUUUCCAAUUGGAGCCCAGGCAGGUCAAGUGCCGUCAUAUGCCUUAAAAAUCAACUAUUUUGAUGUUUCAUUGCAGAAUUCAGGCCAUUUCUACACAAACCACUACGGUCCUACCACAGUCAAGCUGGAACUGUUAGUUGACUGGCCUGAGCUGAGACCAGUGAACUAACUACAGAAAUGUUCACUUUUAAAUGACGAUGCCUUUCAGUAUUGUGGGUUUUUUUUAAUACAAGUAGGAGAUAAACUAAAGAAAUGUUUGAGUGAUUAGAUUUGAAUUAAAGUGUAUUGUCAGUACACAUCCUUUUGAUGUCAGAUGUACUGAGUUGGUAAACGUGAAACAACAAUGCCGUUUCAAAACCGGUGCCAGCCCAUCACGAAGCACUUUGAGAUACAAACACAAGCGACCAAUCUGUCAUAAUGUACCAUUUUAUAGAGACUUCCAUCCCAAGGUACAUCAAAUGAGUGUCAUUUUCAAAUUGUUUUCAUGUCAAGCGUAGGGUCAGGGUCACACAAACUCGGAGGAGACAAACGAAAAGGGCAGCCCUGCAGCUGAAGCAGUGCUCACUAUAGGAAAAUGAAAGGCCAGCUCAACAAAAAAGACUGAAAACCUAAAGACUACUAAAUGUUUGAGGAUCAAAACACGGAAGAUUGAUUCAGUUUGCCUUUUUCUUUAAGGCUCCUUUGUAGUAGUUAUUCAUCUAUGGCAUUACUUCAUUCUUCCAUGUGCAGUGCUACAAAAUAAUAUCCGCAAAUACUAUAAAAGUGCACCCUCACUCGUUUGAAUGUGGCGUCUGUUUAAAGAUGAAUAUAUACCAGUGGUGUCUCCUAUAAACUGCACAACCACAAAGGGAUUUCAUGGUAAAGAUUAAAUGCAAAGGCCACACUGGACAGGGCAGUUCAAAGUUACUUAAACACGUGUGUGUGACUUCAUGCAUGUCAAAUUGUUGCUAGAGGGAAACUAAUUUUGCAGAAAUAUUCAAGCCAAGAGAGCACGCUGAAUUCUAAUCACGACCAAAUUGUUUGUAUUUUUUUCUUUUUUUAGAUGACUGCUUUCCUUUGGAUUUGAAUGAACAAAGAGCUGAGCAUUUCACAUGUGACUCCGACCUCGUGUGACACACCAUAUCUGAUAGCGACCAGUCCAAGUCAGGUAACAUUGAAUGUCAGUCAGUAAGUCAUUGUCCAACCCGCUAUAUCCUAACACAGGGUCACAGGGGUCUGCUGGAGCCAAUCCCAGCCAACACAGGGCAAAAGCAGGAACAAAUCCCGGGCAGGGCGCCACACACAAGGGACAAUUUAGGAUCGGCAGUGCACCUAACCUGCAUGUCUUUGGACUGUGGGAGGAAACCCAUGCAGACACGGGGAGAACACGCAAACUCCACACAGGGAGGACCCGGGAAGCGAACCCUGGUCUCCUAACUGCGAGUGCCGACCUCACUUGAAUUUGAAGAUGAUGUACUGUUUAUGACCAUCUGCUCCUUUACUGGGGCACAAGUGUUUGGACCACCAACAGCAAUCUCCAAACUUAAACAUUAUUUAUAUUUUUGGAGUUAAAGAAAACACAUUUUUAUCUGAAAGGCAGCAAUUUUACCUCUAAAUCUUAAUACAUACAGACAAGCACAGACAGUACAUCGAGACAAACUCAAUUUCUGUUCAGUAAAAUGAACCCAAAGCUCACAAUCCUCUGCUGUUUUUAUUGUCAGCACCAAAAAUACAGAAGGUGGGCAUGCAGGGUGGACCCGUUCUAACUGUAGUCCUAGAGAUCUCCAUCCCCACCGUCCACAACUAGAGAACGUACAGAAGACAUCAAGGUGACCUAAAGGGAUGUUGGGCUGCCGUGUCUAACGAGCCAAUCAAUGUCAGACAAACCUCUUUGGUUCCAAGUCAAAUGUGGUUAAUGCAUAAAGGGGACCCGUCAUGCUGUUCUUGUCUUUUAACAGCUUUCACAGGAGAGUUGUGGAAAACAAUUGCAGUGUAAAACAAUGCCUCUUUUUUAAUUAAUAAAAAGCAGCAGAGAAGAAGAGCUGGCCACUGAUAUCGAUGGUCUAGCACUGAGCUGACAGAACACAAGUCCCAAGAAUCAACUCUGUGGUUACGGCUGGUACAUUUCUUGAGAGCAUGGCUUCAAGUGCAGGGACAUUUUAAUCAGUUCAGAGUUGGUACAGGCAGAAGAUGAUACGAGCGUGAAACCAUAUAUAAGCUGGAUGAGAAGAAGAAGCGCUCAUCUGUUGUCUUCAUCUUCCUUUUCCAUACGUUGACGCUCAUAAAUACAACAGAUGAAAUGAAAUUACGUAAGAUGUGUGGCCACCUCAUACAAGAGAGGCUGUGCAGACCGCACCUUAGGGGUCAUGCGUGUGUGUUGAGCUUGCAGGUGCUCAUUACUUCAUUAGGACGUCUCCAUGAAGACCUCCACUUCAGUCUGAUUUGUCGGAAGAGGGAAGCGAUCUGAGAUCUCCGUCAGGGAAUCUGCGGGAUUUGCUGGCUCACAAAUUAUUAUUAUGGAUUAGAAAUCAAGACCACUAAGGCACCUCCACCGCACUUGUCAGGACUGAAGAACGAAAGUCUGAACAACCCAGGCCAAUAAAAGCUUAGCUCCUUAAGAUAUUAAUUAUUAGCUUCACUGGGGGGUAUUAACAGUACCAACUGCAGGUUUGGAAUCAACUGUUAUUUAAAUAAAAUAAUUAAACUCCUAUGUUUAACAUUUCAGAUAUUUUGACAACAAGUUAGUUGAUGAUAUUUUGAUCACUUAUUUCAAGAAAUCUUAAAAUUUAUUGCAGGGGUCUUUGUCAACCGAUAAAUGUCGCCAGGGUGAAAUCUAUUGGAGAAGUUCAAUAACUAAAUAUUAACUAGCUGCGUGUGGUCUGUGGGACGUCCUAGCAGUUUUACUAUAUCGGUGAACGUGGAGAGGCGUCAGUGGACUCUUAAAAAUGACCCAGAGUAGAGGACAUGGACCCACCUAUGCUUGCUGCCCCACUGGCGAUGCCAUAUCGCUGGUAUAUGAGUCCGUUAAUCUUUGUAUCGAGGAAAUACCUCCAGAUAGACGAGGUUUUUAGUGAAAACUUCAAGCUUUGUCGUCCAUGGCCGUGCCAGUUUGACAUUGAGUCUCUUUGUCAGUGUCAUCAGCACGACGUCGUUGCUUUCAUAGUGAGAAGUGAGGUGCGUGCGAGCGCGAAAAAAAUGUCAAAGUGCAUGCAUGCGCCAUCUAGUGGCUGUGUUGAGCAUGAGCAGAGCAGAUUACUCCAUACACGCACAGGUCUUUCAUUUAUAUAUCUCUUAAUUAUUAUACAGCGUGAGCCAAAACGAAGUACCACACUUCUCAAGGUCAUUGCGCGAGGUAGAGGAGGCAGCCGAGAGGGUUGUGGUGGGGGUCCUUUGAUAGGCAAUCCCUUGUAGUUUUCAGUUGGCAACACCCCUUGGUCCGGUGCACACCGUCCUUUCACUGUCGAAGCGUUCUUCAAAAACAACGAAUCCGUCAUCACAAUGCAACGCGCCUUCCAAACGUACUUCAGGUGACGUCUCGAAUCGGACAACAAUUCUUCAGUGGGUGGUUACAUUUAGACAGACGGGUACAACAUUGAACAGAAAAUCUCCAGGCCGUCAUCGGACAGUAUGAACGCCUGAAAACAUUCAAGCUGUAACGGCAUCAAUUUUGCAGUCUCCUAGACGUUCAGCGUGCUUCUGCCUUAGGCAUUCCCAGCACGUCUUUGAGGAGGACUCUACAUGAGGACCUUCAUUUCCAUCCAUGCAAAAUGAUGGUAGUGCAGGAACUCACUGAGAGAGCCGUAGAGCGUUGUGCGCACACAUUCAGCAAACCGUUCAUCGAGAUGCCAUCGUCAUGUGCAGCGCCGAGGCACAUGUCUAUUUGAAUGGCUGCAUAAAUAAGCAAAACUUUUGCUAUUAGGGUGAAACCAACCCUCGUGAACUUCAUCAGAGACCCCUGCACAGCGAGCGUGUCACAGAAUUUGGUAUUGUAGGGCCGGACUUUUUUUGAGGACCGGGGAGCAUCGGUGACCGUCACUUCAGAUCAUUACAUUGAAAUGCUAGAGAACUGGAAGAAGCGGAUUUGUGGUGGAUGCCUGGUGUCAACAGGAUGGAGCAACAGCUCAUACGGCGCGGAGAUCCACGACAGUUUUGCGGGAGAUGUUUCCAGGGAAGCUGAUCUCCCUGUGUGGCCUUCACGUUCGCCUGAUCUCGCUCCGUGCGAUUUCUCUCAAGUCGAAGGUCUACACACACUGACCUUGAAGUCCUCAGUGACGCUGUUCACCACGAAAUGGCCAAACGAGUCAUGCAAGCGUUGAGAAAUCGUCUCGCUAAUGAUGGCCACCACCUUGAAGACAUUUUUAAAACACAUCUAUUUUGCAGACCCUUUCUUGUGUCGUAAUGCCAUUUAUUUAAUCUGGUAGCGUUUUUGUAGAAUAAACGUUUGAGACGUGGGACUUCUUUUUGGCUACACACCAGAAUGACUAAUACAAGAAAUCCUAACUUGACGGUCACAGUCAGGUGCCAUACAGGCGUAUUGUUGUCGGUAUAAAGAGAGACAGAAUGGCCGACGUUAUUCACAAAGCCACUCCGGGGGGUCCAUCGCGUGUCCCAUACCUGCUCCUGUCGAUAGGGUGGGCCUCACUUGAAGUGAUGUUUCCAGCCCACCACACCAGUGUAGAAGAUCACGUUAUGUUUGACUUUGUGCCUUCCUACUGCUACGCAAGCUGAACAGGAAAGGCGCCCACCUCGCCUGUACCCUCUCAACGGACUCUGGACCCUGGGGGGUUACCGUACCCCUGGCGUAAGUAAAAUACUUUCACUCCUGGAAUGAUGAGGGUAUAACUGUUGUAGCCAAGCCAAGGCGACAGCAUCAGAGACGACUACCUUGAUUUCUAAAAGGGUGUCCCCGCCGCUCCGACCCCAUAGUUGGGUUUCCAAUAAAACACUGAAGACUCUUUUUAUGGUCAUUUUUUCUUUUCAUAUUUAUUUUCUCAUAUUGCUCAGAUGUCAAACACACACAAGUCGUGUCCUCCUUACCCAACGCUGUUCAGUGGAAUCGCAGAUCUUUCCUGUUCUUGAUGCUAAAGGGCUGCCCCUUCACUGCCUGUAAAUGUCUUUUGACUUCAAGUGUCCAGACCUCAUACUUGCACACGGCGGCCAUUACUGCCACGUCUUCCAGCAGCUGUUAAGAUCAAACUUUCUACUAGUGGCUGACAUCAUCCAGACAUACAAAGUUAACAGUUAACAACAAAAACAAAACUAGUUUGUAAAAACGAGCCGAGAAAGAAAAGUGCAGCUGCUGUUCUCACGAGACCUCGGCAGAUCUCAACACACACACACGUGGCUACGAGUGCGUCUGAGCGCUCCAAUAUGGCGGACACAUCGCCGUCAAUAGUAACUGCAGCCUCCUGGAGCUCUGAGCUCCAAGUGCAAGUCCACUUCUUCCUGGUGGUUUGAAGGGGCUUAUUAAAGGAUGGGCCGGCCACAGAGAUUCUUGGGGUUUGAGUUCUUCCACCAGUGGAAUACUAGAUGGCACCGGUCCAAGCUUUCUUUACAAUUUAUUACAAAAGUGGGCGCAUUGUCUCUCUUGAUUUUUCCAAAACUCCCAAACAACAAAAGUACUUUUCUCAAUUAAGAGACACUAAAAUGCAAAUGCGCCUCUUUAAAUUAAGUGGUACACUUUGGAGGCCUCGCCUUGCUCUAAAGUGCUAGAGGAAGUCCAGCGACAAGCUACAAAAGCCAAGUCCAUGUCUGCAGGGUGUGUGAGUUACAAGGGAAAGUCUGAAGAAACCGAAUCUUCUCAGUCCUGGCAACCCAGGAUUAAGUGGAGUUGUCUUGUCCAUCCAUCAGUUACCAAACCUGCUUCAACCAGCGGGAGCCCGAGCACGAAAGAGUGCGGCGACACCUGAAACUUCUAUUAGAAUAGCCAGAUGUACAAAGAUGGAAGCUUUCUAAAAGGAAAAGUAUUUCUUCAUCCAAAGGAAUACACAGAGAGUCCGUGGAGCAGGUUGCGUAUCGUUGAGGACUGUGACGACACAUCUGUUGGAAUGCAUCUUAUUACUACAAAUGUUUGCAAUGCAACAACUAGAAAGACACAUGCAAUGCAUAUACCUGUUAUAUAGCAUUUGGUAUGGGAUUUGUAAAUGUGUUAAUAUUUGUGAUGCACCAUCUGUUGGAAUGUCAGAGACAUAGCAGCCGGCCUGACACACGCGUAUCCUUUUACUAAGUAAAUCCAAAAGAGAGCCGUGGCCCGAGGAAGGCGACUCUUGAUUUCAAAUCUGAAUGGAGCAGAAGACUUCACCUGGAAAUGUGUGCACGAGAUUUGCUUGGACUUUCUUGCUAGAAGAGCAUGAAGGCAGCAAACAUGGCACAUCACCCCAUAUAAUAAUUUACAAGCUGCUCACUUAAUACCCCAAGACAAGACCUUCAUUCAGGCUACAAAAAUGUUCUGCGGUCCAAGAAAGCGGGUGACAUCGUUUUUUUCUCGCCACUCUGGUUCUUCUGAUUGCAAAACCUCCUUUUUUUUUGGAAGCCAAUAAGAAUUGACAUUUUUAACACAAGUAGCCAGUGGCAGCCACAAUUCAGGCCUUGUCCUUGUGGUAGUGUAAGAUGCCUGUGUGUGGAUUGCGAGGUUCACUUUUUGAGUCUCUAAACUGCAGAUGCUUUAAGCAGAAGCCCAUUCGGUACAUCCUAAAGUAGGACAUCCACUUCUAUAAUGGACACACACGUCAGGGCAGGACUGGGCUUUUCCCAUUGCAGAAGGAUUGUACAACAUCCAUCUUUGUUACAAAUAAACAAUAAAUUUAGUGCACAUCCACACGACACGCCUAAUAUGCGGUUAAAUGUCUCUUAUGAAGUUUCACCUCAAUCAGAUUCCUCUGGUAGCCAACAACCACCUUCUGGGGUGGAUAUUUGACCAGUCGUCUUGGCAGAGUUCAGCCAAGCUUGUUGGUUUCCUGGCACACCGGACGUAAUCACAGACCACGUGUGCUCAGCAGGGACGAGGUCAGGCUUUGGGUUAAAUUCCAAUCCAAAUGCUUAAACGGUUAGCCUGUCACAAGUCCCAAACCGAGAUGUAACCUCUCGUCCAACUGUUGCCCGUGACCACUGGUGUUCCAGCAGCUUCUAGAUCAACCAUUUUCUUGGUGGUUCUUGGGAUUGCAUCGGACCAUCCAGACUAAUUUCCUCUAAGCAGGGCAAGGCAGUGGUGACAGUUUGGGUCAUCUUCUAAACCUUGGUAAAGUGACUACAGCUGUUUAAAUGGACUCCUCUUAGAACCUGAAGAGGUUUAGAAAGAGGUCCAAGGGACAUUUGUGAGCUCCCUGGACUUUCACAAUCUAACGUGUGUGUUGGUCAGCCUGAGUGAAGUCAGACGAGCAACAUGGGGAAGCCACCAGCUGGAGUCCGUCGUGAUCACAAACAGACCGAGUUAUGAGGCACCAAGUUUAAACACACUUUGGAACUUUUAGCACCACCUCAUUAAUCAUCUAAGGACACGCAUGGAUCUUUUUCACUCCAUGUGUAGAAUUUUGAACCUGUAAAUUAAAACUUGGAAUACUACAUUUAUUUUUUUUUGUAAUAAAGAUGUAUGUUGUACAAUCACUGCCACAAGAACAGAACAUCAUAUGUAGAACUCAUGGAAAACCCAAUACUGCCCUGAUGGACGAAAGGAUGGAGCUCCUUCACCACCAACUGCACUCUAGCUCUCUUCAUUCUGCUUGGGAUUAAUUACCCAGCAGCACUUCCAUUUCCAAUGGCUUUCUCCCAGUCUUUAACAAAGUGGGCGCCAACUGUGUUGCCCCAGCCAUCUGACUAGAACCCCCCCCAACUACAAUACACAUUUGGUCCUCAAUGCUGGAAAGGUUCUAAUCCAACCCAAGAGUGUAGGACAGGAACUGGGUGGAGGCCAUUUACACUUCUCUCAUUUCUACCCAGGAUACCCCACUACUACUCUUUAGGCUGUGAACGUCUGUGUGCCAUUCUGGUCUACCACCCCCAUAUCGAGAUACUGUAAGUAGCUACUGUUAACAGUGCCAAGCCCAGGUGCGGGGGAGCUUGAGAAGACCCAAGCAGCAUUAUGUGCCAACUCUGGACAGGACAGUCCACCAUGCAAUAGUUACACAAAUCAGCGGAUGUCACGGGUUGUGAGCCAACAUCUCAAAAAGGACCCCGAUCUCCGAAACUAAGAAAUGGCCUACGCAGAGCACUGAAUACGAGUGGAACUGGAGGGAAAGACACACAGACAGGCGCACACACGCAGACACACACACACACGUGUGCACACAGACACACACACAGACUGACGCACACACACACGUGUGCACACAGACACACACACAGACUGACGCACAUAUGCAGAUACACACGUGCACACAGAGACACACACACACAAAGACGCUCUACUGGCCUGCUGGACCCUAACUGGCUGGAAUGCAAAACAGGGAGCCAGUAAGUUUCAUCAAGUCUAUUUUAUUAAUGCAUUUCAAGUAAUUCAAAAACUUACAUAUCUUUUUGCACAAUACUUUUUGUAACUUUUAGUAAAAAUUUUCCAAAGUGAACCAAAAAAAAAAAAAAAAAAAGUACUGUAUAAAACACAGCGGACAUUAAAAUCAGACAGUAGUAGAAUUUUCCUUUUCAAGGUCUUUUUGCUUACAUUCCCAACCAAACUUUAAAGCAGACGGGACAGUUCAGUGCACGUUUAACAAGCGUUUGUUCUCAGCAAGUUCAGAUUUGAUUUUGUCUUCCUUUCCUUUCCUUGUCCAGGAGGUUUGUGAACGGCUACAAUAAAAGCCCAGGGAAGUUCACAUUCGCUGGGAUCCAAGCACAGUUCAACACUACAGUCGAAGCAGAAACCAAAAUGGCUCGCUCCACGCUCAGUGACUCAAAGUGUGACACCGCAAAAUCACUCACAACCCAACAAUAUGACACACAGAGGUACACGAGAGACUUCGGAAUUAACACGAGGCUUCCAGAUUAGGUUUCUUUAGGAAAUUUUAAAAAGUGAAGUUAAUCUGGAGCAGCAACUGUAGACCAACUGCAGUCUUCACUAAUUUUUCACACGUCGCCCAGGUCCAUUUAUGCAUUGGCAGGAUGAAAAAGGUUUAAGCGAAUCGCUUUAAUGUGAGGAGAUUACAUUUACGAUUGACAAAUGGCAAGUUUCAGCUUUUGCGUGUAUUCCCCGUUCCUCUCCUUUCCAGGACUUAAAGAUUUGGUCUCAGCAAGUGCUGACCCAGCAAGACUUGCCAAACAAUAUUCAGGAAGGGAAAAUGAACUCCUCUACCUCUGAAGAAAUACUGGGCCAAGCCGAUGGGCCUUUCUUCAUCCAGUUCUACUAUAAAAGGAUGAGCGAGUGGAAAAGUACAGUUGUGUGUGAUAAAGGAGGAGGGCACGGCAGCUCAGUUGGGGAAACCAAUAACUCAAUUUCAUGUAUCAAGAGAGGAAAAACAAAACAGGACGGCUACAAAAAAUGCAGGGCUGCGACACAAAUGAGUGGUAGUGAUGAAGAAAAGCAGAAAGACGCACAAGCAAGAAGAAAUAAGGCUGAGCGAGAAGAAGAGGUACGACUGCCACUGCCCCGGGCCGCAGCUCUGUCUAAACUCUCGGUCACCAUUUAGAGGUCACGUCACAAUUAAUCCUUUAAAAAUGAAGUUUUUUCCAUAGGCUUACUUAAAAAGACAUAAAAGUGGUUUAACCAUCCGUUAAAGAGAAGAACAGCCGCCUGACCUGUGUAGAUGAUCUUCACAAAAAAAAAACCCACCCCCAAGUCACAGGAGCCCCGCACCACGCGUGGUUUCUUGAGCGGCAGCCCCUACAGUCUUAAAUGCUAUUCCUUCACAACAAAAUGAUGAAUGUUAAAAAGCUGCAAACAUAAAAAUUAGUUAAUAAAUAACACUCUGUUAGAACUCUGUGCCUGCAGCUGCAUUUCUUAAGAUCGUCACAUGCAGGGCAUUACAUUCUCCCCCCCCCCCAAACCAAAGGAACUUGGAGCAACACCUCCUAAUGCCACUGCUGUCCCAACACAAGGGAUCACUUCUCGACUCGCACAGACUCGGCAAGUCGGCAUCACUUGUCCUCUUUGCCUGCCAUCUUUCCCAAUUCCCAACACAAUCUGUUUAGUGGUUGUUUGUCCAUUGAAUAAAUUCAGCACACAGCAAAAACUACUAUAAAAUUAAAAAGUAAAUCAAAAGGACAGAAAGGCUCUACAAAGAGGGGUGGGUAACAAAAACCUGCAGGUGUGACUCAUCAAAUCGUAACAUAAAUGGAAGAACAGCAUCAUCAUCGUCAUCAUCAUUCAGCCCAAAUCCAAACCCACCCAGCUACCCCACCCCAAGUGUCUGAGUAUCCUACACAAUGUACACCCGGUAGCUGCUUAUCUUCAAAGAGUAAGACGUGAGGAACAGAAACAAAGUCAACGGAUACACAAAUGAGAAAUCAACAGGGCGAAAAUGUCUAAGAGAAUCACAGGCACUGAAGUAAGCGUUACGAUUACUCAAUCCAACCAAAAUCCACCUGUUGUAUCCUGAGAGUGUCAAUUAAAACAGUAAAUUUUCAUCAAAACAGCAGAUUUUUUUUUUUUUUUUGUUGUCGUUGUAUAAUGAAAAAAUUCUAUAUUGCGAUUUGUGUUCUGUACAAUUGCACGCAGAAGGAUGGGUAUACAUUAGAAAUACAGGCCUGCGUAUCACAAAGAGAUUCAUUACAUUGGCAAGUCAGUCUUUUCAAACUUGAGGUCAUCUCACUUCCUACGCCUUUAUUGGCAGCAAAAAUGGAACCUGCAGCCAUGUUGGUUAAAAGAAAGGGAAACCGAGUGAAACGCCGAUCACUGAAGAUCGAUCAGUUGCAGAUAUUGUGCCAUUUGUUUAUUAAAAAUAAGGAAGUGUGUUUCAUCUUGGGGGGGGGGGGGCACGAUUUAAGACCACAGAACCAAAAAAAAAAUUUAAAUUAAAUGGG